UGUAUUCAUGGUCUCGGCUCCUCGUAUUUAUCUGAUUUACUUUUACCACAUCGACCCUCUCUGGUUGACCCUGAGGGUCCUCCGGCUCACGGGGAGGGAGGCGGCGCUCCGUUUCUCUGGUCGGUUGUGGAACAGUCUGUCGGAGAUCCUCAGGGCCGCAGAGACUGUUGAUGUUUUUAAGAAGAGGCUCCAGACUGACCAUCAUUUUUAACCAGGAUUUUUACUAAUGACCUUUUUAUUUUUCUCUUUAUUGUAAAUGUUCAUUUUAAUCGAAGUUCUUCAUGUUUAUUUUAUCUCAUUUUAUUAAUUUUCUCAGUUCUUAGUCUUUUUCUUAAUUUCCAUCUUAGAGGUUUUUACUUGUUUUACCUCUUUUUUUACAGUGAAGAGUUUUUAAUUAUCUGUUCGUUUAAUAUUAUUUCCUUGUUUUAGUCUUUUUAUCAUUUUUAUCUCCAUGUUUCCUAAAGGUCGCUCUUUCCUCUCUAAGGUCUCGGUGUCUCUUUAACAGUAUAUCUUAGAUUCUCACACUGUGUGUGGUGUGUGUGUGUGUGUGUGUGUGUGUGUGUGUGUGUGUGUGUGUGUGUGUGUGUGUGUGGGUAAGGGUGGGUGUGUCUUUGUGUGCAUGUGGGUGUGUGUGUGUGGGAGGGUUGGGUUUUUAUUGUUGUUUUUAGCCUCAGUGACGAACUUUGAACUGCAUUUUUGUUUGAAAAGUGACAUAUAAAUAAAGUUGAGUUUGAAUUCCGAGGUCACUUGAACGCAGCAGAAAUUCUUCCCUCCCGCCCAAAAACACAGCAGGUCAGAUCUACAAACCGCUGUCGCUUGUCCUCUCUGCAUGCUGAUUCUCUCUCUCUCUCUCUCUCUCUCUCUCUCUCUCUCUCUCUCUCUCUCUCUCUCUCUCUCUCUCUCUCUCUCUCUCUCUCUCUCUCUCUCUCUCUCUCUCUCUCUCUCUCUCUCUCUCUCUCUCCUCAGGACCUUCCCUCGUUCACUCAGAGCGUUCAGCGGCUGGUGAACGACCUCCGUUAUUACAGACUGUGUAACAGUAGUCUGCCCACUGGAACCAUCAAGCUAUAGCAGAGAGACGGCUGCUGAGACCGCUCCACACACCGACGACGAGGAGGAGGAGCAGGAGGAUGAUGAUGAUGAAGAGGAGGAGGAGGAUUGGACUGCCUGUGCUGACCACUUUGCCCAACACUCCUUCUCCAGUCCGGCUUUGCUCCGCCCCCUCCUGAGUGAAGGGGCGGAGCGACAGGACUGGUCUUGUUGAGUAUUUGGAGGUUGAGGAUGCUGCUGAUGUUUCUCUUUGAUUUCUACUGUAGAAGGUCGGCGCGUUGAUACUUUGAAAAGCGGCGCCCUCCUGAUUUGUUGCCAACGAUGAUUUGGCAGAAAUGUAAACCUGGUCUGCGAUUGGCCUACGCCCAGACCUGGAGCAGUCUGAGCCGGGCCGCCUUCUUUCCCACGCCGCCGCCACCACAGAGCUGCGCUGGGACUGAGCACUUUCAACUCAUUUUGAGUUUUUUAAGAAAAUGUCUGCUUUUAUUCAUUUUGCCUUCAAUUUUGUUUUCAUCUCCAAAGGAGACGGACUCUCGACUUAAGAUCUUUCAUAUCAUUCCAUUCUGAAAAAGAGAAAUCUGCUUGAUUAAUAAUAAAGUGCUUUUUGUAGAAAAAA